UUAGUUCAUAUCAGUAUUUUUCAGUUUAAAAACUCCUCUUAUUGCUGCAUUUUCUUCUCUUCCUUUAUCAGUGGUAUCAGAGCAGGCGCAAUGAAUGGUCUUGUUCAGAUUUCAGUUCCUAUUUUGGAUGGCAAAAAUUACAACCGGUGGUGUGUGCAAAUGAGGCAUGCCUACCGUGAGAGUAAGAAAAAGGACAAGAAGGCAUUAUAUUUCAUCCAUCAAGGGGCGAAUGAUGAAGUGUUUGAGAAGAUUGACGAUGCAGCUACAUCAAAGCAAGCAUGGGAUACCCUGAUGACAACAUACAAAGGUGCGGAGAAAGUCAACAAGGUAAAGCUCCAAACCUUAAGAUGUCAAUAUGAGCUCCUACAAAUGGAGUCUUUUGAAACUGUUGCCACUUAUAUCAAUCGAGUUCUUGCUUUGACGAACAAAAGUAAAGUAUAUGGAGAAGAGUACAACGAGCAGGGUAAAGUGGAGAAAAUCUUGCGAACACUCACACCAAAAUUUGAGCCCAUUAUGGCAGCAAUAGAAGAAGCCCACGAUUUGUCCCAGAUGAUUGUUGAUGAGUUGUCAGGCUCAUUAGAAGCACAUGAGCAAAGAAUGAAUGGGAAGCAGAUAGAGAAACCGAUUGAGCAAGCCUUCCAAAGCAAAGUCUCUAUCAAAGGUGAUCAAGGUGGUGAAACCAGUCAAAAGCAUGGUGGUUCUCAUGGAAAAAGACGAGGACGAGGACGUGGUUUCUACUUCAACAAAGGUCGUGGUGGUCAUAACAACAAUUAUGGAGUAGGAGGCAAUGACCAAGAAAAAUCAAACUUUAGCUAUCAGCAAAAUUCAAGAGGCCGUGGCCAUGGCAGAGGAAGGGAGCUAUUUGUUGAUCUUGAUGAGUCCUUUCGCACAAAAGUGAAAUUUUCUGAUGAUAGAACUAUACCAGUAACUGGAAAAGGAAGAAUUCUCAUCAACUUGAAGAAUGGAGAUCACAAGUACAUUUCAGAUGUGUUCUAUGUUCCAGGCAUGAAGAGUAAUUUGCUUAGUGUGGGCCAAUUGCUUGAAAAGCUAUAUGUUAUGAGCCUGUGUGAUCAUCAGUUCUCCAUUCUAGAUAAGCAAGGACAAAUGGUAAAAGGCCUGCCUAGUAUACAUAAUCCUGAUCAGUUGUGUGAAGCCUGCAUUCUUGGGAAGCAUCAUAGAAUGCCUUUUGCAGCAAAACAACAACAGCGAGCAACUCAACCACUUGAGCUUGUCCAUUCUGAUGUGUGUGGCCCAAUGAAUACAACGUCAAAUGGCUAUAAUAGGAAUGUCCAAAACAUCACCUCUGUAAAAGCUUGGAGCGGUUUCAAGCCAAGUGUGAAACAUCUUAAGGUGUUUGGGUUUGUUGCUUAUGCUCAUAUUCCAGCAAAGACAAGGACAAAGCUAGAUGAUCGAGUAGAGAAGAUAAUUUUUAUUGGCUACAAGCAUGGCGGGUACAAGCUAUUCAAUCCUGAGACAAAAAAGAAGCCUCUUCAAGCUCUGCUCAAAAAACCUCCUCACCGCAAGCCCAAAGAGAAUCUACAAGGCCACAAUGACAACGUCGACGCCAACCACCAUGAACCAAUGACAUUUGAGGAGGCAAUUCAAGAUUUUAGAUGGGUAAAUGUAAUGAAUGAGGAGAUCAAGGCUAUUGAAAGGAACAAUACAUGGGUUCUCACUGAUAUUCCACAAGCUCACAAAGCAAUUGAUGUCAAGUGGGUUUUCAAGACAAAGGUGAAGUCAAAUGGCAAGGUAGAAAGGUAUAAAGCGAGAUUGGUGGCAAAGGGAUUUGAGCAGAGGCUUGGCUAUGAUUUUCAAGAAGUCUUUUCUCCUAUUACUCGAAUGGAGACCAUUAGACUUAUAGCUGGUUUGGCUGCACAAAAUCAAUGGAAAGUCCAUCAAAUGGAUGUGAAGUCAGCUUUUCUAAAUGGCCCACUUGAAAAAGAGGUAUAUGUCAAGCAACCUCCUGGAUUCAUGAAACAAGGAAGUGAAGAUAAGGUGUACAGGUUGAAGAAAGCAUUGUAUGGCCUCAAACAAGCUCCACGAGCAUGGAACAAGCGUGUUGAUUCCUUCUUCCUCAAAGCCGGCAAUAAUCCCACAAUGAUCGAAGAUUUCAAAAAGUCCAUGAUGGGUGAGUUCAACAUGACUGAUCUUGGGCUCAUGUCAUAUUUUCUAGGCAUCGAAGUAGUUCAAAGAAAAGAUGGGAUUUUUAUUUGCCAAAAGAGGUAUGUUGCUGAACUCUUGAAGAAAUUCCAUAUGCAAAAUUGUAAUUGUGUAAGAACUCCUGUGGAAGUUGGUACAAGAUUGUUAAAAAAUGGAGAAGGGGCACCAGUUGAUUUAACUUAUUUCAAACAAAUUGUUGGGAGUUUGAGAUAUCUUACAUGCACAAGACCAGACAUCUCUUAUGGCGUUGGCCUAAUUAGCAAGUUCAUGGAAAAUCCGCAACAAUCUCAUAUGCAAGUAGCCAAGAGAAUCAUGAGAGUAUGUUACUGCAACAUCAAGUGCAUGUCAAGCAAUCUGGUUGCUCAAUUUAAUGAACCAGAUUUAUACUCCAAUGAAAGAACCAAUGAAGUUUUUGUUGAUAAUGUCUCUGCAAUAGACUUGGCAAAGAAUCCUAUCACACAUGGAAGAAGCAAACACAUCGACGUCCGAUUUCAUUUCUUGAGAGAUCAAGUUGGCAAGAAAGCAAUUGAGCUGGUUUACUGCAAAUCGGAAAACCAAGUAGCAGAUAUCCUCACCAAACCUUUGAAGUUUGAAGCUUUUAUCAAAUUAAGGAGUAUGCUUGGAAUGACCGCUUUGCCGGAUCAGGAUUAAGGGGGAAUUGUUGGUUUGUUAAUCCUAAUCCUAUUGUAGUUUUUCACUUUUGAAUAAGUCUUAUUGUCACCUAUUAUCUAGAAACCAGUUUAUUUGUUUGUUACUCUUUAGGACUUAGUGCAGAAACGUGUCAGUGUGCAUGUUAGCCAUGUAGCCUUGUUUUCAGGAUUUAGUUGCUAUUUAUUUGGUUGUAUUGUUGAUGUCUUCUGCCUAUAUAAAGGCUGUUAUCAAUGAAAUAAAAUCUCAAUUCAUAU